GAAGCGCCGGAAGUGGCGCCACGCCGCCGGCAGGAGGCUAGCCAUGGCGAUGGGCGGAGGCGGAGGCGGCGGCGGCGGCGGACGGGAGCAGCCGGAUUCCGUGCUGUUCCGGCGCGGCACCGGGCAGAGUGAUGAUUCUGACAUAUGGGAUGAUACAGCAUUGAUAAAAGCUUACGAUAAAGCUGUGGCUUCAUUUAAGCUUGCUUUAAAGAAUGGUGAGAUUUCUGAAUCUUCAGAUAAACCAAAAAACACACCUAAAAGAAAACCUAAGAAGAAUAAAGGCCAAAAGAAGAAUGCCGCAACUCCCUCGAAACAGUGGAAAGUUGGUGACAAAUGUACUGCCGUUUGGUCUGAGGAUGGCUGCGUUUACCCAGCUACCAUUGCCUCCAUUGACUUUAAGAGGGAGACCUGUGUUGUGGUUUACACUGGCUAUGGAAACAGAGAGGAGCAGAAUCUGUCCGAUCUCCUAACCCCCACCUGUGAUGUUCCGCACCCUGCAGAACAGAAUGCCACGGAGAAUGAAAAUGAAAGUCAGAUUUCAACAGAUGAAAGUGAGAACUCUUCCAGAUCUCCUAGAAAUAAACCCAAUCAUGUGAAGUCAAAAGCUGCUCCAUGGAACUCUUUUCUUCCUCCACCACCCCCCAUGCCAGGGCCAGGCUCUGGACCAGGGCUGGGGCCACGACCAGGACCGGGAAAGCCAGGUAUGAAGUUCAGUGGCCCCCCGCCACCGCCACUGCCGCCACACUUCCUCUCCUGCUGGAUGCCUCCACUUCCUUCUGGACCACCAAUAAUUCCCCCACCACCUCCCAUAUGUCCUGAGUCUUUUGAGGAUGCUGAGGCACUGGGCAGUAUGUUGAUCUCGUGGUAUAUGAGCGGCUAUCACACUGGUUACUAUAUGGGUUUCAAACAAAAUCAAAAAGAAGGAAGGUCUUCCCAUUUCAAUUAAAGAGUUUGAUUUCCUGCGGAGUUCAGAAGGUCAUGAGGUGCCAGGAAUCAAACCGAGGCCUCCUACAUGCAAAGCCUGCCCUCAUCCUGAUGAACUAUGUAUCUCGCCCACAAAUAACUUUUGUCAUAUGGUAAUUUGAUUCCAUUAUGUGGUAGAUAAAUUUCUGUAUUGUGAUCAUCUGAUAAAAAGUUGUGGACUUGGAGAUUCUUGGUAUGUAUUUCUGUGUUGCUGCAAAAAAGCAAAUUAUGUUUAAGAGUGGAAUUACUCAUUUCAUUAGUGGAUUAAGGUCAUUGGCACCCACUUAAAGUUUUGUUUUGUUGGGCUGGAGCAAUAGUACAGCGGGUAGGGCGUUUGCCUUGCACGUGGCCAACCCGGGUUCGAUUCCCAGCAUCCCAUAUGGUCCUCUGAGCACCACCAGGAGUGAUUCCUGAGUGCAGAGCCAGGAGUAACCCCUGUGCAUCGCCAGGUGUGACCCAAAAAGCAAAAAAAUAAAAGUUUUGUUUUGUUUUGAUUUUGAUUUUUGGUCACACCCAGCUGCGCCCAGGCCAUUCUCCUGGCUCUGCUCAGGGAUCACACUUGGCAGCACUCAGGAAACCACAUGUAGUCUCAGGGACUGUGCCUGACUGGGCCUCCUCAAGGCAAAUGCCCUAACCCCCUUACUAUCCUUUCCAACCGGAAAUAUUUUACUUAUUUUUGGUUUUGGUUUUAGAGCCAUACGUAAUGGUCAGGGUUUACACCUAGCUCUGUGGUCAGGGAUCACUCCAGGCAAUGCUUGGGGCUCCAUAUGGGUUGCUGGGGAUCAAACUUGGGUUGACCAUGUGCAAGGUAAAUAUCCUACCUGCUGUGCUCUUUCUCCAGCCCCCCAAAAAAACAUCUCUUUUUUUUUUUUUCUUUUUGGGCCACACCCGGCGAUGUUCAGGGGUUACUCCUGGCUCUGCGCUCAAGAAUUACUCCUAACAGUGCUCUGGGGGACCAUAUGGGAUGCUGGGAAUUGAACCCAGGUCAGCCUCGAGCAAGGCAAGCACCCUACCCGCUGUGCUAUCGCUCCAGCCCCAAAAAAGCCAUCUUUAAAGUAAAUCUAGUAAUGCAGAUCUAUCAUCAUUCCUUUAAACUAUACUUUUUAAAUUUUUGUAGGCAGUUUGUGUAAUAUUCUUUAAUAGGCAAGUGCUUUUUCCAGCCCAGUAUUCUUGCCCAUUUUGUUUUCCAGAUAAAUUUCACAAUGCAAAAUAAUUUCCAGAUAAAUUCCAUUAUUUGUCUCGUAAAAUUGGAAUUAGGGUGUCCUUAUUUAUUUAUUUUUAUUUUUAUUUUAUUGAAUCACCGUGAAAAAGGUACAAAGCUUUCAGGUUUAAGUCUCAGUCAUAUGAUGAUUAAACCCCCAUCCCUUCACCAGUGCACAUGUUCCACCACCAAGAACCCCAAUAUACCUCCUUCCACCCACCCCCCCACCUAAGUAGCUAAUGAUCUUCACUUUAUUCUCUCUAUACUUUGAAUACAUUCAAUAUUUCAAUAGAGAACUCACUAUUAUUGUUUGGAAUUUUCCCCCAACAAUCAGGCCUGCUGAAAAGGCAUCAUUCAACAAUUUUUUUCAUUGCUGAGGAUGAAGAUUCUAUGAGCUGUCUGGCUGCGCGGUUUUGGAUUUCUCAUAUUUUAUCUCAGUUCACAGUCUAGUGCAUUUCUGUAAGAAGCUGCUCUGGGUGCCAAAAUGGGUUAGAAGACCUCUCAGAUCAUAGUCCUUAGGAGCAGAGGGUCCGUUUUGCGCGCGGUAGCUCCGGAUCUUAUCUGGGCAGAGAGCGUGCCAGUAAUGCCGGAAUUAGAGUGUCUUUAUAUUAGCUUGUUUUUCUUAUUUCAUUUUACAAGGAACAUGUUGUUUUACACAUUUUCUCUUACUAAUCUUUUGGAAAAUACUUUUUUAAAUUUCCGAACUGACUCUCGCCUGGCUUUCUUUCCG